AUGAACGUAUUAGUAAAGCAUUUGAUGUCUGAUCAGGUGCACAGUGUAUGUGUAGGAUCAACCUUGGAUACAGCAUUAAAAGCAUUAAACACUCAUGCAAUCCAUCGUCUGCCAGUAGUUGACGAGUCUGGAAACUUAAAGGGUAUGAUAACAGAUAGGGACUUGAGAUUGGCUUGUGAUAGUCCAUUCUUGCCAGAGUCAAAUGAGGAGAGAGUACAUAAGUUGUCAAUGCAUAAGGUGGAGAUGGUGAUGAAGAGUAAUCCAUUGACAAUUGAAGAGAAUGCACCAAUAGUGGACGCUGCAAAACUACUUAGAGUGGCCGAUAUUGGAGGUCUACCUGUUGUUGACAAUUCUGGUAAACUAGUUGGUAUAUGUACACGUAGUGACUUAUUAGACCUACUCAUAAGGAUACUGGAACCUACUCCACCUCAACAAUAG